AUGUUGGACCCCCGUGGAGCGGGAGCAUGGGGACGUGGUUUGUCACCCCUGGCAAGCGGGGGGUCAGCGGACAUGGUCGAAGAGGGGGGCGACAAGAUUGUGUGGGUCUGCACGGCCGUGUCGGUGGGUUUUGCUGGCUACAAGGGCUACGUGCUCCUUGCGCCGCUCGUGCUGGAGGACGUGCAGGACGCGGACACUUCCAGCUGCAACGAGGAGGACGGGGUGAUCGGGGUCCUCAUGCUGCUGUUCGCGUCCAUCCUGGGAGUAUUUCUUUCCAGGUGCAAGGACUUGGCUGUGGCCAGCGGGUAUGUACAGGCGGCCGCCGAGUGCGUGUUCCAGGUGUCUGGGCUGCUGCUGGAGCCGCUGAUCUCUCUCGUCGUCAAGCUGCUUCUCCCGAUCCAGCUGCUCGCCUCGUUCUUCCUCUUCCUGUCGACCGGAUUCAGGCGCGAUGAUAUGGGAGACCUGGUGAUCGAGUUCGACGAAGACUGCCCAGGCGUGGAGGCCAUCGUGUAUUACAUCGAGAGGGCUUCUGCUACGCCCUCUCGCGCUACGUCCUCUCCUAUGCGACGCAGCUUGCGUGGUGGCGGAUCGUACUGA